GCUUCUAAGAGUGAAAUGACCCUGGAGGGCCGCCUAGGGCCGCUGCAGUGCCACUUCACCUGGGAUCUGGAGCCCGGCAGAUACAAACUUCUGAGAAUCAAGGACAAGCUGCAGGACAUCGGCACAGAGGGAGGACGCAAGUGGCUGGGACACAUCUACAACCUGCAGGGGUACGUCCACUUCAAGCUGGGGUUCAUCGGAGAAGCCAGGAGCUUCUUCAGCAGAGCCGAGGAGGCCUUCAGGCAGAUGAGAGGAGCAGAGGAGGGUCCCUGGCUGGUGGUGACCUACGGGAACCAGGCCUGGCUGCACCAUCAUCAGGGAGAAGAAGCAGAGAGUCGGGCUUGUCUGUCAAAGAUCGACGUCCUGAUGACUGAGGAUCCAUCGCAGGACGAGCUGCACCCGGAGAUCUGCGCUGAAAAGGCCUGGACUCUGAUGAAGUUCAGCGGAGAACAGAUGCGUUCGGCAGAUGAUUACUUCCAGAGAGCCAUCCGGAUGCAGCCGGAUGUGAUGGAGUGGCAGACCAGCCAUGUGUUAUUGUUAGCUUACAAGUCCAAAAACAGAAAAACAGGGGUCAAGGCUGACAUCAUGGAGAAGCUGAGAAAAGCCAAGGAGCAGGAUCCAGAGAACCUGUACCUCUCUGCCACUUACUUCCAUCAACUCGCUAAGAAAAGAAAACCAGACCAGAGUGGAGCACGGGAGUUAGCCACAAAGAUUCUGAGGAACCCUGUCAGCAGCUACAGUGGAAUCAAACCUUUGCUGAGGUUUUACAGAACCUCAUUCUCCUUUGACGAGGCUGUGGCUUUGGCAGAAGAGGCUCUGAAGCUCCAUCCGGAUGAACGUUAUCUGAAAAGAUGUGUCGCACUCAGCAUCAAGUGGAAGAUCUGGGAGAAGGACAGUCGCUCAAGUCCGAGUCUAAUAGAGAAAGGGAUCCGUGCCCAUGAGGAGAUGAUUUCUCUUUAUCCUGAUUCCUCAUUUAUAAAGAAAAUGGAUCUCGCAAGUAUUUACGCAAAGUCAGAGAUCACCAAGGCCAAAGCUGAGGAGAUCUUCCAGCAGCUGCUCGCAGAAGAUCUGCAACCUGCUGAACAACAAAUCCUCUUCAACAAAUACGCAGAACAUCUUCACUUCAAUCUACAGCAGCCGAAGAUGUCAAUCAAGUAUCACAUGAAGGCGGUGGAGAUCCCAAUCAAGUCCUUCCAUCAGAAGAGAAGCAUCGAUGUUCUGGAGAAGAUCAGACACAGGAAGGGGAACCAGGAAGUCGACCGGAUUCUGUCCAGGCUGAAAGAGUCUCAGAAAUAAAUCCACCAGAUAUCAUCCACACACAAUCUCAAUCUAUUUGCAUUCAUCUAAUUCAGGGGAGAGUAAAUCCACGUGAAUUUAUAGAUUCAGAUGUUGAGAACACCGAUGAUCACAUUUUAAUUCAGCUUGUAUUCGUACGGAGUCGGAUCACAACAGAGUGACUG